UAUAAAAAUGGCUUAAGUAUUUAAUUCAAAAGUCAGCAUUAUCACCAAAUCAGAGAUUAGAUAUGAGGGUACAAUUUAUUAGAUUAAUCCUUAAUAAUAAACAAUUGCUUUGAAAGAUGUACGUUCAUUUGGAACAGAGGGAAGAAGACCUGGUAUUAUUUUUAAAUAAAAUAUUUAAGAUCAUGAAAUACCCCCAAAUUAAUAAAGUUAUGAUAUUUUGGUGUUCAAAGCAGCUGAAAUUAAAGGGUUUAAGACUUUAGAAGAGAAUAAGCCUGAAGAUCUCAAAUUAGAGAAUGUCAAAUAAGAAAAUUAAACUCAAUAACCAUAAGGUCUCUAACCACCUUAAAAUAUUGAAUAAAUAGAGUAGUAAUAAGAUUAAAGAGGAUAAUUUUCAAAUAAUUUCCCAUAAAAUCAAUAAAUAAAAUCAAAUGGAACAAAUCCUAGAGCUUUUAAUUUUGAAGAAAUGCUCUAAAAAGCAAAUGAAAUUGAGAAAAUUAAAAAGUAAGAAGUUAAACCUAAAUACAAUCCUACUUCGUUUUUCGAUUCUCUUUCAACAAGUACUUAAAAAUAAGAUAGAUAAACUUAACAAAGAAAUCAAAAUCAAAUUGAUACAGAUACUUUUGGCAAUUUUUAUAAAUAAAGAUAACAUAACAAUAAUAAUAAUAACAAUGGAUAAAGAAGAAAUAACAAUAAUUAUAAUAAUAAUAAUAAUAAUAAUUAUAAUAAAAAUAAUAAUAAUAAUAAUAAUAAUAAUUAUUAUAGAAGGAAAAAUAAUGAUUCAUAAAGAGUUGUUUAUGUAGAAAAACAAUCUUUAGAAUAAUAUUAAUAAUAACCCUAAUAAUAAUAGCAAUGA